GUAUUGUAAACCAGAGUGUGUGACUUUGAUAGACAAAAAGGUUGUAGCAACGCGAUGGCGGGAGACGCAAAUUUUACUCGUGAAACCGUGCCGAAACUGGACACGAGCCAUGGAUUUGUGCACUCUAUUAUCAAGAACCAGAUAGACCGAGACGAGUAUGAUAAAGAACAAAGAGUUCUCGCUAUGCAGAAGGAAGAGGCGAAGCGGCAAAGACGAGAAAGGCGUGCUGCACUACAAGUCUAUGUCCCCCCUCACCAGCGAAAGAGGGCUCUCGGUGCUUUUGAGGAAGAAAGCACAGAUUCACCUUGCAGGCCUUUGCUGGAGGUAGAGUUUGAGGCCAAGGACGGGAGCAUCUUGUACCUGACACUUAAUAAGGGAGAAGAUCUUAAAGAAGCAGUAAAGAGAUUUGCUGUCCAAGCCAACCUGGAGAACCACUUGCGUGAGGCACUAUACCAAAGACUUUUAAAUGAAGUGAAAGAUUUGUGACAAAUAGAUAACUUGUUUACUUUACAUCCUAGAAUAGCAUCUAUAUUUGACCCUCUUUAUAUCUCCCAGACCGAAGGCCAUAUAUUUCUCAAACCUGUUUUGCCAUAAACUUGUGAAUAUUUUGUAAAUAUAUUGUACAGUUAUAGACAAAAUGAUUUUAUGCCAUCUAGCAAGAUAAAGAUGAUGCUCAUGUUCUUUAUGCAUUUAUGUUGAAUGUGAAUAAUAGUGUUUGAAUAAACUGCUUUUAAUCUAUAAAA